GUCACCGACAGCAUCAGGACCACUGGGUACACGCGCGCACGGUAUCUGGUCCUUCCAUAUAUAACGGCAGAAAUCGAUUUCAAAGCUGAUUUUUAUUCGAAUUCGAAGGAAAGCAUCGUAAGAAUCAGCAGCCGCUCGUGCCCACCAUGGACGUGCUGAUGAAAGGACUGUCAAAAGCGAAGGACGGAGUAGCCAUGGCAGCGGAGAAAACCAAGCAAGGCGUGACGGGCGCCGCAGGCAUGACUAAAGACGGGGUCCUUUACGUUGGAACGAAAACCAGGGAUGGAGUCACAACAGUUGCAGAAAAAACUGUCUCGGGCGUUUCCCAGGUUGGGGGUGCCAUGGUAACCGGUGUCACAACAGUGGCUCAAAGAACCGUGGAGGGGGCGGGGAACAUCGCCGCAGCAACUGGCCUUGUGAAGAGAGACAUGCCCAAAACGGAUGAUGAGGUGAAGAAAUUGCCUGUGGAGAAUUCUGAUCUGCAGGACUCAGACUACAGCUAUGCUCCGGACUCGGAGUAGAAGCUGUGAUCGGUAAAGCAUCUGCAAGACACACAUCUUCUCAAACAUGUUCUGAAGCCUCUGCCUCGGUGUUAUCACCUGUGGAGUUCCCAAGCCAGGGAGAGAGAAAUACACAAGAGUGUGUGUGUGUGUGUGUGUGUGUGUGUGUGUCUUCCUCACCACUCCGAGGAGGAAUGUCCGAUACAUGGAUUUUGUGAUUUUGAUGUAGAUCUGCCAAUUUAGUUAAACACUGUACAAAAAACACUAAAAUACCAUUAAAAGUAAAAAAUACUUAUGGUCACUAUAACAAAGCUGUGAUAUGAAUUUAAACUUAACAUCUACUAUUUUUGCUCUUAAUUCGUCAAAACCAAACUGUUCAUUACACAUGAUGAACUGCUAAACCAGUGGAAUUCAGUGCUGAUAAUUAUUUUCUGUGAGCUCAGCACUGAACAUGUCUUUCUUUGAGUUUCUACUUUCUGUAUGUACUGUGCAUAUUAAAUUUUAAAACAUCUGCACAGAACUGCACCUACUGAACCAGAUAGUGUCUACGUGGGCAUGUGUUGUGGUUGAUCAAUCGUUGAUGGAAAACUCCUCCUUUACCUUGAAUUUAUCAAACCCACAAAUAAACCAUUUAUAUAGAGAGCAGUUAUUUGA